AACUCUUGGCUUUAAGUGGGAUUCCUGACACAGAGAUUCUCUCUUGUUCUGAACAGCUCAUUUUUCCAUGCAUCACACAUCGGGUCCUAAUCUCUGUUUUUUUCUCUGUCAUCUUUCAGACUCGGAGGAAAGGAAUCGGCUCCAAUCAACCAAAAAGCUGUGUUAUUGCGGAGAGGCUCCCAUCAUGUUGGGGAUUCCCCAGCAAUGGUAAAUUCUGAUGUUCUAAAGGAUUUCAACCAUCUGAAGUACCGAGGUGGUUCAGCAUCCCGCAGUGUGUUCCGCAGUAGGUUUCCAGAUCCUCCCAGUGAUGUUUCCAGUCUGGAAUUACAACAGAGAGAAAUGAUUAAACAACAGGAGGAAACUUUGCGAAAGAUCAGAGCAAAUGGAGGCUACAAAUACAAUUAUGAGAAUGGUCAUCCUCCACUACUGAGACAGAAGACGGUCAGUCCAUUCCCCAUGCUGGACUCCAAGUCUGCUUUCUAUGACACUGAUCAUAUGGCUCCUCUCACUCACAUAUUUCCUGAUGAUAACUUGAACAAGAAUGAAUCAGCAAGAUCUCGACGUCGUCAUCGCCUCCAUUCUCCACAGUUGACUCCUCUGGACAAUGAUUCCAUCCGUAGUAAUUCUGCAACAUCCUUUGCUAGUCUGAACCCUGAAACAUUAGCAGCGAAAAAUGAGGAAAGGUUAAAAAAGCUUCAAAACAUGUCAGAUGCCAUAUCCUUAACAGAACCUGAAGAAAUUCUGAAUAAAUUUAUGUUGAAACAACAAAGAAAACCGUAGAUCAACACCAAAUUCAAUAUUUUGAAGACGUCAGCUUACCAAAGAAUCUGGAUAUACCACUGUCCCUAUAUAUGUGGGUACAACACUAUCCUCCUAAAUUUGGAUACAUCACGGUCUCCAUCUAUAUUUGGAUAUGCCCUUCUCCCCUUAUAUUUGAUACAUCCCAAUUGUUUAUAUUUGAUACAUCACUGUCCCAUUAUAUUUGGAUACAACACUGUCCCCACUAUAUUUUGUGAUAUUGACUUUGUUGCUGUACACAUAUUUACAUGAUGCAUUUGUAUGCUCAUUCUCUCACACACACAUACAAUCUCUGUAACUUUCUUACAGUAGUAAACACACACACACACACAAAGACUAUCACUUGCAGUCACACUUGGAUGACCUGGUACCUUCAAGCUGACCAGUCAUAUUAUUUAUUAAUGUCCUCUUUUAACUCUCCCUUCUGUAUAUUUUAUCAUCAUUAUAGUCAUCCAUCAUCAUCAUUGUCAUCCAUUAUCAUCAUCACAUAAGCAAAACAGCUGUCUGAUGGAUAAUUCUCUUUUAAAAUGUCCAUCCCUCUUUUGCAUGAUUCCAUUCACCAUCCAUUCCCAAAUUUGAUUAUAUCAAACCUAAUUUACCAAAUGUCUAAUUGUGAUAUCUACCUUUUACUGUAAGAUAAUAAUUUAUCAAUCCUGAUUGAUAAACUGUAAUAAAUUAAUUAGUCUGUAUAUUAAGUGUAAUAUAUUUAUUUAUCAGUCCUAAUUGAUAAAUUGUAAUAAAUUAAUUAGUCUGUAUAUUAAGUGUAAUAUAUGAAUUUAUCAGUCCUGAUUGCCAGAUUGUAAUAUAUUAAUUUAUCAAUCUUGAUUGAUAAAAUUUUAAUAAAUUCGUUAGUCUGUAUAUUAAGUGUAAUAUAUUAAUUUAUCAGUCCUGAAUGAUAAAUUUUGAUAUAUUAAUUAGUCUGUAUAUUAAUUGUAAUAUAUUUAUUUAUCAGUCCUGAUUGAUAAAUUGUAAUAUAUUAAUCAAUCUGUAUAUUAAUUGUAAUAUAUUAUUUUAUCAAUCCUAAUUGAUAAAUUUUAAUAUCUUAAUUAUUUGGUUUAUUUACCAUAAAACGCUAAUUUAUUACUUAUCCCAAUCCAGUGAGGGAAACUCUACACUAGUCAUAGGCAAACAGAAAUCCUCAGGACUUUUUUUGUGGCCCAGUUAACAAAAAGUUACCUUGAAUUUGUUUUUUAGUUAUGCCAUCUGCCUGAUGAUGAACCAUGUCUCAUGCAGCCCAUUUCUCAAAAAAGGAUGCCUAUACCUGUUCUGCACGAUUACUUGGCUUGCUAGAAAUAAUUACCAAAUUCCCUCAAAUUACAUUUUAGUAUCUUAGAAAAUGAAGGACAAUUUAGUCCCAGGUGUACAAAAAGACCGGAUGGUCGUGUUUAGAAUGCCUUUGAUUGAGGUUGAACUGGAGCUAAGCAACAACUUUGUUCACUGUUAUAUUUUUCUGCUCGUCUUGAAGAUGACAAGCUAGGAGAACCAGUAGAGCAUUGGAAAAAAUGCAAAAUUUGCCCUGAGUCGUUACAUUUUAAGUUCAAAUCCUACCAAGGUCAACUUAGCCUUUCAUCCCCACUGGAUCAAUAAAAUAAAGUGCCAAUCAAGUACUGGGGUCAGUGGUAUCAACUACACCCUUCCUUUCAAAAUUUCUGGUGUCCUACCUGCAUCAGAAACAAUAUUUUGCUACUUGGUAUUAUCAUUUUUACAUUUAUUUUCCCAUGCUUAUAUCAGUUGGAUGCAACUUCUCAUACACAAGCCUCAUACCACCUGCCAGAGCUGCUUGUCAUUUCCUUCUUUGAAGUUCAGCAUCCUGCGAUCACCUUUCACCUCUCCUCCCUCAUGUCUUCCUCUUCGACAAGCUCCUUCCAUUUGAACUUUGUAGAGCUUCUUUAGCCAACUCUCAUUUCCCAUAAACGUCACAUGUCCAUACCUGUGCAGUCUUCUCUCUGGCGCACACACUACAUCUGAUUCAUUUAUCACCCUGUUUUUUUUCCCCCCUCAGCUCAUCGGUCAUGCAAAGCCACACACACACAUGUAUGUAUAUAUAUAUAUAAACAUAUACACACACACACAUAUAUAUACACACAAUCUACAUACACUGUGCAUAUACAGGAAAAAAAAAGUUACUCUGAGCUUACAGGUACAUAAGACUAAAAUGUUCUACAAGAUAUUCUCCUGAACGAGACAUCAGUCAAUUGCAGGGUUAACCUCCCAUGUAUCACUGGUACAUAUUUUCUGAUGAAUAGACUAGAGCAACAUGAAAUAAAGUGCCUUGCUUAAGAAUACCAUGUGUUGCUCAGUCUGAAAGUUGCAUCCAAGACUUUAAAUACUAGGCUCUAUGCCUUUACAUUCUUAUCUUUUUUGUUUUACUUGUUUCAGUCAUUAGACUGUAGCCAGGCUGGGGCACCGCCUUGAAGAUUCUUUUAGUCGAAUGAAUCGACCCCAGUACUUAUUUUUUUCUAAGUCCGGAUACUUAUUAUAUUGGUUUCUUUUGCCAAAGUGUUGAGUUAUGGGGAUGUAAACAUACCAACACCGGUUGUCAAGCAGUAGUUGCGGGACAAACACAGAUACAGAGACACACACAUAUAGAUAGAUAUAUAGGUAUAUAUGACAGGCUUCUUUCAGCUUCCAUCUGUGAAACCUACUCACAAGGCUUUGGUCUGCCUGAGGCUAUAGUAGAAAACAUUUGCCCUAGGUGUCACACAGUGGGACUGAACCUGGAAUCAUGUGGUUGUUAAGCAAGCUUCUUACCACACAACCACAUCUCACAUGCAAAAAGUAAAAAAAUGCACGUAAACCUUAUAUUAGUUCACUGGUCUGUAAGUGAGGUAGGUGAUAGAUUAAAAUCAAUUGCUGCUGCUACAAUUCUAUUUAAACACUCACUACAUAACUUUUUAACUGGCAUUCCGUCUGUUACAACAAUGAGGAUUCCAGUUUAUUCAAUCAAUGGAACAGCCUACUCCUGAAAUUAAUGUGCAAGUGGCUGAGCACUCCAGACACGUGUACCCUUAACAUAAUCUUCAGGGAGGUUCAACGUGACACAGAUUGUAACAAGGCUGGCCCUUUGAAAUACUGGUACUACUCAUUUUUGCCAGCUGGGUGGACUAGAGCAAUGUGAAGUAAAGUGUCUUGCUCAGGGACACAACACACUGCUGGUAGUCAAACUCAUGAUCUUGAGAUUGUGAGCUGAAUACCCUAACCAGACUACUAGAGUUGUUGUUGUUUGUUCCUUCUUGAGCCAUGCCUGGCUCAUAAGGGCCAGUUUCCUGGUUUCAUUGGUGUAUAGAUUCCCCACCUAGACGGGAUGCCGGUCCAUCGCAGGUGAACUGCUAAAUGCAGGAGGAGGAAAGAGUGAGAGAAUGUUGUGGUGAAAGAGACAGCAGAAGUUUGCCAUUACCUUCUGCCAGAGCUGCAGGGAGCUUAGGUGUUUCACUCAUAAACACACACUUCGCCUGGUCUCAGAUUCGAACCUGCGACCCCUUGACUGCUAGUCCACUGCUGGAACCACUAGGUCAUGUGCCUCCACCUCCACUAGUGUAGUAUAUAUAAAUGAAAAUGGAAGAGAAAAAAAUUUCGCUAUCACACAAGUGUUGAAUCAGAUAAAAAAAAAGUUUAUUGAAUAGAGAAAAUGUAAAAUCAUAAGUCUUUUCUCAAGUGUUGUCCCUCUGCUUUAAUAAAUCUAAUUAAUCUGAUCUUCUUAUAAUUCAUAUGACUGAAGAAAAGUCCUAUUUAUCAUAGAUAUCAACCAGAGAUGGGAUAUAGUUGAAGUAGACCUUUUAAAAUGUGUGUCCUACUGAGUUAUGUGACAGAAAAUUAACCCACACCACAUGCAAAUAGCAAAGACUCAGAUCCCAUAAGUUAAGAAUGUCUGAUGACAAUAGCAAAUCCAAUUCCAAUUUGUAAUCCACACCAUUAACACAACACAUCACACUCACACACACCAUAUACACAACACACCCACAAAACAUACAUACACCCCCAUAUAUGCACAACCAGUAGAAUUUAUUUAUUUCAAACAUUUGGCAACAAAUGACAGGAGAUGCAAUGAAAGAAAAAUCUUUGCUUUUUAACACUACUAAAACUAAAGACUACAAAAACACAUAUCAGUGAUUCCAUGUUAAAGUAGAAGAUUCCAGCCAAGCGUUAAAAGACAAUUCUUGAUGAUAAAAGGGUGCAACUGUGUUUUUCUGUUGUAUAGGAAAGCUAUAUGAAAGACAAAGAUAUAUCUUUAAAAUUAUCUUCAUAUUAAAAAUUCCUCAAACUUUUGAUAAUCACAUUUGCUAAAUAUGAAGCACUUUAUUUACUAUUAGACAAGUUUUGUACAUAUAUAUAUAUGUAUGUGUGUAUAUGUAUAUAUAUGUGUGUGUGUAUAAGCAAAACCUUUUGUUACUAAAUCAUUAAAAAUUUUACAUUAAUUUACAUAAUGACUGGGUGCCAAAGAAACAACAAAACCUCCAAAAAAGUUAAAGAAAAAGCAACUAACCACUUUAUGUUAUAUAACUAAUAUUAAUAUAUCUAAAUUAAUAACUACAGCCUAAGAGAAUAUGAUUGCAGUUAGUCAUCCAAUCAAAAUAUCUUGCUGUCAUGCAUAUCAAUCUAUUUAUAUAAUUUAUUUACACACACAUGCACGCACGCACACACACACACACACACACGCACAAUGAUUAAAGCAACUGCAAAAUUCUUAUUAUAUUAUUGACUUGUUUCAGAAUUAUAUAAUGUUAUGUUUCCUGUUAUUUUAUAUUUAUCACAGCCAGAAAACACAUGCACACAUAUAAUGACUAAGUCAUAAGCAUGCCUGUAGGGUUAAAAAGCUUGCUUUGCCACCAUUGAUUGCAGCAUCAACCUCAUUGUAUUGCAUCUUGGGCCAGUGUCUUCUGCUACAGUUUCUGGUUAACUGUCUUCUGAAUGACUUUGGUCCAUUGAAAUUGUACAAAGACCACUCCAUGUGUGUGUAAUAUAUAUGUGUGUGUAAGGGUGCAUAGCCCUGUGGCUAGGGUGUUGCACUCACAAUCACUAGAUCAUAAUUUUAAUUCCUAGACCGAGCGGUGGGUUGUGUUCUUGAGCAAAGCACUUCAUCUCCCAUUGCUCAGCAAUCGCUUCAACAACUGAUGUGUGGUACACCUUGCACCUGUUCAGACAACAUCCAUUUGAUGGAGAGAGUGAGCUAAUGUGUGACAUGAACAUUUGAUCACUAGAAACAAACUAUCAGGUCAUCCCAUAAGUUCUGUCCGAUUUUACCUUUUUUAAAAUUGAAUGAAAUUUAAUAGUAUUUUAGAAUGUCUAAUGGAAUUAAAAAUUAUUUUUAUGCAUUUGUGUACAUUUAAACUAAUUAAAUAUUAUUUUACAGAAUAAUAGAAUUAAAAUUUCUUUGAUUAAAACCCUUUCUAACAUGGAAGUAUUCAAAGAGCAUUUAAGGCACAUAAUGCUUUAUUUAUUUAUUUAUUUUUUUUAUUUAUGUGUUUCAGCCAAGUGGCUGCGGUCAUGCUGGUGCACCACCGUGAGAUAUGUAUGUGUGUAUAUGUAUAUAUAUGUGUGUGUGUAUAUGAGUACAAAAAAAGGAAACUCUGCAGCCGAAGUGACUCGAAACAUACACUCAGUUUAUGGGAAAGAAUGCUUGAAUGAAAGAACUUGUAGAAGAUGGUUUGCAAAAUUCAGAAGUGGAGAUUUCAGCUUUGAAGAUGAAGAUCGAACAGGACGUCCAGUUGAGUUUGAUGAUAAGUUCCUUGAGGCAUUACUUGAAGAAAAUCCUGCAUUAUCAGUUGAAGAAUUGGCAAUAAAGCUUAGUUCAAGCCAUACAACUGUUCAUUAUCAUCUUCAACAACUUGGAAAGGUUCCUAAACUUGGAAAAUGGGUGCCU